AUGCCUUACAAUAGCUUGUCUAACUGCGUGUCUUCGAUCUCAGCAUCGGUUUCAUUGCUAGACGAUUCAAUCAACACUUUGGACGAUGCAGCCAAGGAUCUUGCCAGAUUGAAAAAAGUGCUUUCUAUUAAAAAAGUGUUUGGGCUAGUCCCGGAACUGGACUUGGAGAAUGCUAAGCAGAAUAUCAAGCUGGAAGUGCAACCGCAGAUUGGAAGUGUCUUGGUUAGAAUACGGAGAGAGCUAAACACAUUGGAGAGGAAGAAAAUGAAUUUAAUUGGAAAAAUUGAUCUUCAAGAGCAAAGGUUGGAUUCGGCAAGAGGAGGGAAGAGUUCAUCAACAAAUAAAAAAAUCCGUAGAAAACUUGUCUACAGGGGCGAUGUUAGUGAUGAAAAGCUCACGAGGUUGAUGUUAUUGCAAAAUAAGAAAGACAGGUUGAAGUACAGCUUGUCGAGGCACAAUUUACAGAGCCAGAGAGCAAGAUUGAGUAAGAUACCGUCAUUGCAACCCCAAUAA